AAAUAAUUAAAUUUUACAAAUAAAUUUUAAAAGCCUUAGCCUUAGUCAACUUAGUGAGUAUUAGUAUUAGGCUUUGUUGAAGUACAGUGACAGUCACGUUUGUGCACGUCAAGUGGUUGCAAUCUGCAGCAAGGCCAUUUAGUGAUUUAUAUCUAUGACUGAAUAUUUCAUGAAUACAAUCAUGAAUCUGAAUAUGAUUGUCUACUUUGCACUACUCUUCAGUAUCAUCACUUAUUUCAUAUCUCUUGUUUAUUGUGUUGGGAAUCUGAACUAUUUUGAGACUUUCACUUACAUUGGUGUAUCAACCAAAAUGAAAAGAUACAAGGAUGCUAAGAAGUCAGUCAGAGAAAUAACAUUUCAAGUUUUCAAUAGAAGUUUUCAUUUGCUUCUUCAAGCUGCAUCUGAUGUUUUAGGGGAUGGAUUCACUGCCUACCUGGUUGACAAUGAAACUACAACAUCAUAUGUAGUGGAUAAAGACCAGGUGUUUACUGGAAACGUGUUUGAUAAACCCCAUGUAGAGGUCAGUGCACACAGAGAAGAUCUGUUGUGGUCCAUACAAAUUCAUGAAGAGAAUGAGACAUAUAUAAUUGAGCCAGCCAAGAACAUUCUGAAUGCUUCACAUAACCCCAACAAUGACACUCAUGUUGCUUACAGAAAUUCAGACUUCAAUGCACAAAAUUUUGGAAAAUGUGGUGUAAUAGAUGCUGAAACAGAAAGUGAUGAAACAUAUACACAUUUCAAGGGAAAAUAUCUAUUAGACCAGAUGAAGUUUAAAGUUACUAACAGGACUCGUUUCAAGCGAUCCAUGGGGGACACUUGUGCUAUAUACAUGGUCGGAGACUUUGAUUUCUUCACUAAACGUUGCCACAGCAACUACCACAUCUGCACAGCUUUGAUGAUCAGCCUGGUUCACAAUGCUGAUAAGAUAUUCCGAAGGUCCCCAUUUGAAGAUCAUCAGUUUAAGAUCUAUGAAAAUAUUGGUCUUCAGAUAGGAAUGUUGAUAUUGUACACCACUCCCACAUAUUCAGGAGACGUGACAAUGAAACAUUUCAAUGCUCAAGGCAUCCAGUGGAAUUCUUAUACAAAGCUAGAUUCCUUCGAAUACUUUAUGAGUUUCCGCAAAUCACAUUUCUGUUUGACUCACCUUGUCACCAGCUACCCUUUCCCACUGAGAAUACUGGGAUUGGCCAAUAGACAAAGUAUAUGCAUGACUACCAAGCCAGGAAAACCUUUGAAAAGUACAUCCCUGAUCUCAACUAUAGAUAAUGAAGCAGGACCUCUGACUACUUAUCAGAUGGGUCAAGUGUUUGCUCAUGGUCACAAUUUUGGGAGCCACCACGACCCCUACACGUCACAGUGUUCACACUCGGAGAACGAAGGCGGGCAGUUUAUCAUGUGGUACAAAGUUGGCGUGGGAACACAGCCUAACAAUAAACUGUUCUCACCAUGCUCUUUAAAAUCCAUUGGGGCAACACUGCAGAACAAAUAUUUAAGUCACUGUCUCAUUACCAAGAGGUUACAUCUGGCAUUUUGUGGGGAUGGUAUUGUUAAUGAGGGAGAGGAGUGUGAUGCCGGAGCCAUAGGGAUAGUAGAUGCUGACUUGUGCUGUACAAAAUAUUGUACACUACAGCCUGGAGCAGAGUGCAGUGAAAUGAACACAGAGUGCUGUUUGAACUGUCGGCUGGCCAACAAGGGAACUCUGUGUUCUGACAACAAAGGUAUAGAUUGUAAAAGAAAAAGUUACUGUACUGGUAAAAGUUUUGGCUGUCCUGAACCAGCCCGUUUACCAGAUGGGACAACUUGCGCUGAGGGUGGUUCAUGUCUGAAAGGAAUUUGUAGAGGUUUCUGUGCAAUGAAGUCUUAUGUCACUAACUUGUCGUUAAAAGCUUGUUUUUGUAGAAAUGAUCAGGAUGCCUGCAGGUGGUGUUGCUAUGACAACAGUGACCCAAACAAUCCUGGGCCAUGUGAACCUCAUUCCCCUAUGCUUCUCAAAGAUGGACAGCCUUGCUUCUAUGGCUACUGUAAGUCUGGUGAAUGUCAAGCUCUAGAAAGACAACUUGAGAGAGGAAUAGGAAUUGUAUGGCUGAGCAUAAAGAAUGCUAAUUAUAAUUUGGUUGAGUUUUUGAAAGACAAUUUUGUUGUAGUCAUAAUUUUAUCAAGCCUGGCAUUGUGUAUUCCUAUCUGGUUGUGUAUACAUUAUCUGGACAAAAAGUCAAAAAACAAUCAGGUGGUGGAAAUGGAUAAAGCAAUUUCCUUAGCACUGUCUGUCAAGAGUUCAAAAAUUAUCAAUGUAAUGAAAGUCUCAAAGUCCCAAUCUGACCGUGAUGCUGUGGAUAAGCUGAGCAGUAAAGCCUCAAAGUCCCAAUCUGACCGUGAUGCUGUGGCUAAGCUGAGUUGUAAAGGUGUGGAUGACCUAAACAGUUUUUACCGGACUAUUGUCAACAGAAAUGAAGAUUUGUCUCAGACACUAUUGAUACUUUCUCCACCAAAAAAAAGUUUAUUGGAAGGUUUGGAGCCUGACAGAUAUGAUUCUAGAGUUGAUGACGUUGGAUACGACCAUCCUAAAAAAAAAUUCACAUUUAUCCCCAAUUAUUAGGGCAAGAGAACUUCACACUGUCAUACGUUUCAUUUUAUUAAAUGAUAGAUCAUUUCCU